UCUCGAUCUAAUACCUACAAGUCGACCUCCACAGGCAGGUCGGUGCCCAGAUCUGGAGGGAGCGGGAGCAGACGGCCUCGUUUUAAUGCCGCAGACUCGGUCGAUACGCUUGUGGGCUCCGCUUAUGAGCGCAAGGUCAACGAUCUUGAUCCCAUUCCUGAGAGAUUCGACACUUCCGGCCGUCUAAACGCGUUGAGAGAACUAAUGAAGAAGGACGAUCUUGAUUAUUACGUCAUCCCGACGGAGGAUGCCCACGGCUCUGAGUACGUUGCUGUCAGUGACAAGCGACGAGAAUGGAUAUCUGGAUUCACCGGCUCUGCUGGUCAGGCUAUUGUUUCGAAGACCACAGCAUACAUGGUUGCGGACUCUCGCUACUGGGUGCAGGCUCGUACUGAGCUUGACGACAACUGGAAUCUCGUUCAGGCUGGUCAUGUCGACGGGCCCAAGGAUUGGAUCGAAUGGCUUACUGAACGGGCUCGGGAUGUUCGCGUCGGAAUUGACUCGCGAAUGGUCUCUCACCACACGGCGACAGUAUUGAAUCAAGCACUGAUUGGGAAGAAUUCCAAGCUUGUUUACCCGCCUCAGAAUCUCGUCGAUCUGAUAUGGGAUGGCAAGCCGUCGCGAUCCCGGGAACCCAUCUUCGUGCAGCCGCACCGCUUCACAGGCAUGGAGGCAAGCGCGAAGUUAGCAGAUUUACGGGCGUGGAUAAGUCGGCAGCCGCCCUCCAUGCAGGUUGCCACGCUGAUAUCUUCUCUUCCCAAUAUCGCCUGGCUCCUCAACUUGCGCGGCGAUGAUAUUCCUUUCAAUCCUGUGUUCCACUCGUAUCUAUUCGUCAGUCUGGAUGAGGCGAUUCUAUUUAUCGAGCCUGCAAAGGUGUCUGCUGAGGUAGACGAAUAUCUGCGUUCGAUCAGCGUCGAAAGGAAAGAGUACAACCAAAUCUGGAGCUUCUUGCGUCUCAAGCCAUGGGGCGAAGGGAAGGUUAUCAUAACACCCGAAACGUCCUACGCAAUAUCCCUCAUGUUGACGGGCUUCCGCUAUACCGUACUGCCAUCAGAAGUCGACAACAUGAAAGCCGUGAAGACCGACGUCGAACUUGCAGGAUUGCGCAACGCAUAUCGCAGGGAUGGUGCUGCCUUUGUGCGGUUCCUCGCAUGGAUCGAGGAGAAGAUUCAGACUGGCUUUGAGAUCACCGAGUACGAGGCCGCCUGGCGUCUCACGGAAUACCGACGUCAAGCGAAGAACUACAUGGGCCUUGCGUAUGAGAACAUCUCGGGCAGUGGUGCGAAUGCUGCUUUACCGCACUACACCCCUCGCAAGUCUACUGCACGGUUCAUCGAUCGAGAGACGCCAUAUCUGAAUGACUCAGGAGGACAAUACCUGGACGGCACAUGUGAUACCACGCGAACCGUGCACUUCGGCAGGCCUACUGAAGCCCAGUGCGAAGGCUUCACCAGAGUAUUGCAGGGCCAUAUUGCCAUUGAUAGCGCUAUCUUUCCUGAGGGAACAAGUGGCCAACAAUUGGAUGUGCUGGCACGGAGAGCCUUGUGGCAAGACGGGCUCAAUUAUGGGCAUGGAACUGGUCACGGAGUCGGCUCCUUCUUAACUGUCCAUGAAGGCCCACAGGGUUUCAGUUCAACUGUCCCACUCGUUCCUGGACACGUCGUGACGAACGAGCCUGGCUUCUACAAGGCUGGUGAAUGGGGUGUCAGAAUUGAGUCCGCUCUCAUCGUCAAGAGAGUCCGGACCAAGAACGAGUUCAACGGUCGGGUGUGGCUUGGAUUCGAACGGCUGACAUGUGUACCCAUCCAGACAAAGAUGGUCAAAGACGUGAUGCUAUCGAAGGAGGAGCGUCAGUGGCUCAAGACCCACAACAGACGCUGCCUCGAGGAGCUCGAGCCCCUUCUACAGGAGGACAAGCGCGCGCUCAGGUGGUUGCGCAGAGAGGCCGAGCGUGGUAUUGGCCUCGCGAAAUCUGGCCCUGGCGGAAUCGCCAUAGACUGGGAUUGAUGCCCACACGACCUGUUAUGUCUCAUGUUUCAUGUCUUCUCGCUGUUUGAUGUUUUGCUAAACUGUACUUUUUAGUUACAUUACCUUGACGAUGGGGUGUCGCAGGGCAUUCCCUAUAUCAUCACUGAAUCUUAUCCCAUUUCCCCAUUCUUAUGUAUGCUUCGCAUCGUGCAGCCUCCGAUAGACUUGGAUUUACUUAUUGCGCCCACAUCCGUGUGGCCAACCUUUUCUUCGUAACACAACUGCUGUUCUUACCGUGUACUAUUCACCCUCGAGUUGCUUUGCGCCAAUGCUGGCUUAUCUGUAUAGCUGGAACUGGAAUACAGUGUUGCUUUCGUUGUAGACAGAUCAGACAUUCGAGCAGCGAUGUCAACGAUGUCAACCAUCCAUAAGU